AUGGAGGCAAAAUGGACAUACUGUGCCGUCUACUCCAUCAUCCAGAUCCAUUUUGUCAGAGGAAUGUGGGGAGAAAUGGUUAAUGCAGAAGACAACAUUUAUGCUCUCUCCGGCUCUGAUGUCAACCUGAUCUGCCAAACACGAAAAGAAGCCUUCUUAGUGCAGAUGCAAUGGUCCAAGGUCACCAGUAAGGUGGAACUGAUUGCCCUUUAUCACCCUCAACAUGGCUUCUUCUGUGCCAGCAAAACUCCCUGUGACUUACUAGUGGCAUUCACAGAAACUCCUGAUAAUGUGUUAAAAUGGACUUUGCGUUUAAGGAACGUGUCUUCAUCACACAGUGGGAAUUAUGAGUGUAGCUUUACUCUGUACCCAGAGGGCACUUGGACUAAAAUAUACAACCUCCUCAUUCAGACAAAUGUUGCACAUGAUGAAUGGAGAAGCAAUCAUACAGUAGAAAUAGAGACAAAUCAAACUCUGGAAAUACCUUGCUUUCAAAACAUCUCAUCUCAAAUUUCAUCUGCAUUCACCUUUGCAUGGUUGGUGGAGGGUAAUGGAACUCAGGAAAUACUUUUCACUCAAGAUCACACCAUCAGCACUUCCACAGUUUUUAAAGACAGAAUCAAGCUAGGUGCAGACUACGGGCUCUACCUUUCUUCAGUCCAAAUCCAGGAUGAUGACCAUACAUUCUCUUGCCAUGCUACACUCAGGCCGGGGAAAACCUUGACAAGCACCACCACCGUCAAAGUCUUUGCUAAGCCAGAAAGACCCGUGAUUGUGCAAAAUAACUCCACUGAUGGCUUGGGAGAGAGCACAUUUACCUGUUCACUGAGGAAUGUAUUUCCCACAGCAAACCUCACAUGGUUUCUAGAUGGAGAAAUUCUUCAAGGUGAAAAAGAAGGAAUGCACAUUACUAAUGAAGAAAGAAAAAUGAAAGACCGAUAUUUAGAAGUGAAGUCUGUUUUGAGAAGGGUGCACAUAAAUGACCUAGCCCAGUCUGACAACCUGACCAUCUGGUGUAUGGCUCUAUUUCCAGUCCCUGGGAAAAAAUUGCUGAAUAUCUCAUCUGAAAAGAUCUCAUUUUCUUUGGGUUCUUUGGAUCCUCAAACUGACCCUCCACCCAAUAUUACUGAAUCUUCUCUUACCAUCCAAUCUUCAACAGUGAACAGCAUAACUUCUACAAGAUCUCAGACUACAUCUUCAAUAACCCCUGUAGAUGUGAACACCUCAAUUCCAAACUCCACCCCUCAAACCAGCGAUUCCAGUUUGACUACCCAAGGCUUCAACUACUCUUGGACCUUGAAGGAAAAAGACACUGAAGAAUCAAUUUCAUGGACACCCAGUGAAAUUGACCAGAUAUCCCCCUCAGGAGCCGACUCAACACUUCACAUCUUCCUGACUAUUCCAGGUACUGAAAUUAAUAGGCCCAAGGACGGGGCAUCCUGGCCAGUGAUAAUAGCAGCUUUGCUCCUUCUCUGUAUGGUACCUUUUGGUCUUGCACUGAGAAAAUGGUGUCAGUAUCAGAAAGAAAUCUUGCAAAGACCUCCACCUUUCAAGCCACCACCACCUCCCAUCAAGUACACUUGCAUUCAAGAGCCUAUCGGAAGUGAUCUGCCUUGUCAUGAGAUGGACACUCUCUAUUCCGUAGAGACCUUGCAGGACAGCUGA